AUGAAAAGUAUAAGAGUCGUAUUUGCCAGGAGCUACUCCAAGGCUUCGAUAAUCAGUCGUAAUAAGAAACCCAAUCCAUUGCUACUGAAUUCAACUUUGACAUCUGACAGGAAACUGCUGCAUCAUCCCACAACACCAGCACGGACAAGAUUUGCACCUUCACCUACUGGAUUCCUCCACUUGGGAUCUUUAAGAACAGCUUUGUAUAACUACUUACUUGCAAAGAACACUGGUGGUCAGUUUUUGUUACGUAUUGAAGAUACUGAUCGUACUCGGUUGGUUGAAACUGCCGAAGAGAAUAUUUAUAGUACAUUGAAAUGGUGUGGGUUGAUGAUUGAUGAAGGACCAAAUGAAGGUGGACCUUACGGUCCAUACCGACAAUCUGAAAGAAGAGAGAUAUAUAAGAAGUAUGCUGAUUUGUUACUUGAAAGGGGGCUAGCCUAUAAAUGCUACUGUUCAAAAGAAAGAUUGUUGGAAUUGAGAGAAUCAGCAAAGAAAUUGAAACCACCUACAAAUGUAACUUAUGAUAGAAAGUGUUUAACCAGUCAACAUGAACGUGAUGAACAUGAAUAUGUUAUUCGAUUCAAAUCGCCCGAAAAGUAUGAUCAGUUUGAAGAUGUCCUCCACGGAACACUUAACUUACAACCACAAUAUAACCAACAAGAUCGAAGAUAUGAUGAUUUUGUCAUUGUGAAAGCAGAUGGAAUGCCCACGUAUCAUUUUGCUAAUGUUGUAGAUGAUCACCUCAUGAAAAUUACUCAUGUUGUCAGAGGUGAAGAAUGGUUACCUUCUACUCCAAAACAUAUUGCAUUAUAUAAGGCAUUUGGAUGGAGAGCUCCAAAAUUUAUACAUAUCCCUUUAUUGACUUCAUUGCAAGAUAAGAAGUUAUCUAAACGAAGUGGAGAUUUGAAUAUUUACUCCCUAAAGGAGAAAGGUGUCUUGCCUGAAGCUUUAGUAAAUUUUGUGGCAUUAUUCGGAUGGGCUCCAGUAAGAGAAAAUCCUGGCGAAAGUGUAAGCGAAGUGAUGGACUUGCAGGAAAUUGUCAGCCAGUUCUCCAUUGAUCAUUUGACAAAGGGAAAUGCCAAGGUUAGUGAUUCCAAAUUGAAUUAUCUUAAUAAGGAACAUUUCUUGAGAAAGUUAAACCGACCAGAGGAAUUUAAUAAGUUAGUUGAAAGUUACUAUCCUGUAUUCACGGAAUUCACCCAUGGCAAAUACAAUAAGGAAUACUUUACCAAAGUUGUGAAAAUUGUUGGACCACACAUUGGAUCAAUGUCUGAAAUUGAACAAAAUCAUAUGUAUAUUUUCCAAGAAGUUGCCUACUCGAAAGAUAAAAUACCAAGUGAACACACUAUAGAGAUUAUCUCGCAAGUUGUCAAUGACGAAGCAUUAGAAUUCAAUUCUUUGUUCAAAAGAAUCAUGAAAGAUUCUGAAAUCACUAGAAAAGAAAUAUUCACAAGUUUAAGAUUUGCCAUAACUGGUGGUAGCUCUGGAUUAUCUGUCCACGAAUAUCUUGAACUUGUUGGAGAACAAGAAUUCAGAAACCGACUUCAACAAGCCUUAGAUUUUUUAAACUAA